UCUCUCUCUCUCUCUCUCUGUGUGUGUGUCUGUUGCUUUGCCCUUUUACUCGCCCUAAAUUGAAUCUCAAGAUCCUCCUACAAUUAUUAUAAAUUAUGAUACAGAGGAUCAAAAGCAGAAGCUCUUGAGUUGAAGUGAGAGACAGAAACAGCUCCCAUUGUCUCCCCCACUCACCAACACCAUUUACACUCCCCACAACAACUUACAUUUCCCCUAAUUUAAUUUACCCAUUUACCAUCAACUCUUCUCCACAGUCCACACAAUCCCUUAAGUUAACUGCAUUCCAGGAAAAGAAAACAACCGUAGACCAUAGUACAUUGUCGUCUUCUUCACCCAAAAAAUGCUCCACAAAACCUGCAUUUUCUUGAUCUGUGUUCUGAGCUCAUUUUCUCCAUUUUCCACGGCAAUGCUCAACCUCACUUUGCCUGGUCAGCACCCUGACCCUGAUGCUGUUGUCCAAGAAGUUCACAGAAGAGUGAAUGUUUCACUAUCAAGAAGGCAAAUGCUAUCCACCACAACCAACUACCAGUCAAGCACAUGCCUAACCGGAAACCCAAUUGACGACUGCUGGCGUUGCGACCCAAACUGGCAGCUCAACCGCCAGCGCCUUGCCGACUGCGGUAUUGGGUUUGGCCAGCACGCACUCGGCGGUAAGGGGGGCCGCUACUACGUUGUCACUGACUCCUCCGACCACGACGCCGUCACGCCCCGCCCCGGUACCCUCCGCUACGCCGUCAUCCAGACGGAGCCCCUCUGGAUCGUCUUUGCCUCCAACAUGCUCAUCCACCUCUCUCAAGAGCUCAUUUUCAACAGCUAUAAGACCCUAGAUGGUCGUGGCGUUAACGUGCACAUAACCGGGGGCGGGUGCAUUACGCUCCAGUACAUCACCAAUGUCAUCAUUCAUAACAUCCAUGUCCAUCAUUGCUACCAAUCAGGCGAGACCAAUAUCCGGUCUAGCCCGACCCAUUUUGGGUGGCGUACCUUAUCUGAUGGAGACGGAAUAUCGAUAUUCGGAUCCAGGGACUUAUGGAUAGACCACUGCUCGCUCUCCCACUGCAAGGACGGCCUGAUCGACGCUGUAAUGGGUUCCACUGCAAUCACCAUCUCCAACAACUGGUUCUCGCACCACAACGAGGUGAUGCUGUUGGGCCACAGCGACGCCUACUUGCCAGACUCUGGCAUGCAGGUUACCAUAGCCUUCAACCACUUCGGCCAGAAGCUGGUGCAGCGGAUGCCCAGGUGCAGACGAGGGUACAUACACGUGGUCAACAACGAUUUUACGCAGUGGGAGAUGUACGCCAUUGGGGGAAGUGGGAAUCCCACCAUUAACAGCCAGGGGAACCGCUACAUUGCACCCUUCAAUUACAAUGCUAAAGAGGUUACAAAGAGGGUGGAAACGGGGGAGGAGGAAUGGAGGGGCUGGAAUUGGAGGAGCGAGGGGGACAUAAUGGUAAAUGGAGCAUACUUUGUGGCAUCAGGUGAAGGUGUAGAGGUCAAGUACGAGAAGGCCUACAGUGUUGAGCCCAAAUCUGCAAGUUUCAUUGACCAGAUUACCCUCAAUGCCGGUGUCCUUGGUGGCAGGAGCAACAAGUUAAGCAAGUGGACUUCCGGGAACAAUGGUGUUGGUAGUGGUGGUGGCGGGACGAUUUUAGAGUCGGAGAGCGAUGAAGACAACUCCGAUGCUAUGUUCGGGAGCAACGCGCCACCGCAGCCAUCCUCUGAUGCCAUUCUCUACUCUGUUCUAAUUUCUUUGUCAUCCUUUCUAUUUUUGUAUUUCACCACAUUAUAUGCCUCCUUGUAGUAUGAAUUCAAAAGACUAUUUUAUUUCCCAUUUUCCAAUCUGACACCGACUCUUGUUA